AUGGCUGCCGCCGUCCGCAGGCUCACGAACCCCGCGCUCUUCAUUUGCGACCUGCAGGAGAAGUUCCGCCCGGCCAUCUGGGAGUUCUCGAAGGUCGUCCAGACCACCCAGAAGAUGCUCAGAGCCAGUCAAAUCAUGAAAUUCCCCGUCCUCGCCACGACGCAAAACCGCGCUCGCCUGGGAGAAACGUGCUCUGAGCUUGGUCUCGAUGCCCCUGGCGGGAUCCAAACCAAGGUGCAUGCCGACAAAACACUGUUCUCGAUGCUCACGCCCGAGGUGCGCGCCGCCCUCACGCAGAAGCACGAGUGCAUCAUCGUCGGCAUCGAGUCGCACAUCUGCGUCACGCAAACGGCCCUCGAGUUGCUGCGCGAUGGCCAUAAGGUCUAUGUCCUAGCCGAUGGCGUGUCUAGCUGCAACAAAGAAGAAAUCCCCAUUGCUCUGGCUCGGCUCAGGCACGAAGGUGUGGUGGUGACUUCCAGUGAAAGCUUACUCUUCGAGCUCAUCAACGAUGCCGCUAUCCCAGAAUUCAAGGAGAUGGCGAGGCUGGUCAAGGAAACAAAGGAAAGCACGAGUCAGGUCCUGCAGACGCUCUGCAGAAUAUGA